UCUGCCAAAUUUGACUUGGCGUUUUUCUAUUGGCUUUUCAAAACUGAAUCUCUAGAAAUACUGAGAUAUCUGCAUAAACCUAAAUAAACUAAUAAGAUUUAAUUUAAGAUCAUCAAAAUGAGACAUAAAUCGCUUUUGGUUUUCACCAUUAUCCUUACCUACUACAACAGCCAUGCACAAAGUCGAGCUAAAGGGCUUGAAGAGAAAGUGGAGCAGCUGACGGAUAUGACGGCAAAACAGUCAAUAAUACAUUUGAAUCUAAAUAAAUUCAAAGAGUAUGUCAGAUCUCCGCCUAGGGACUAUUCAUUUGUGGUCAUGUUCACUGCAAUGGCACCCUCACGACGAUGCGCUAUAUGCCAGCAUGUCUAUGAGGAGUAUUUGAUAGUAGCUAACUCUUUCCGUUUCUCACCAGCUUAUAACACUAAGCUGUUCUUUGGUAUGGUUGACUUUGAUGAGGGAUCAGAUAUCUUCCAGAUGCUGCGUCUCAACACAGCACCAGUAAUCAUGCACUUCCCAGCCAAGGGCAAACCCAAACCAGCUGACUCUAUGGACUUUGAAAGGGCGGGAAUCCAUGCUGAGGCUAUUAUCAAGUGGAUCCAGGAUAGGACUGAUGUUCAGAUAAGGGUGUUCCGCCCACCAAACUACUCUGGAGUUGUAGCAUUCGCCAUGCUAUUCAUUUUAGUAGCCGGCUUCUUGUACCUCCGACGCAACAACCUUGAGUUUCUGUACAACAAGCAAAUGUGGGCGGUGGUGGCACUGCUAUUCUGCUUCGCUAUGGUCUCAGGGCAGAUGUGGAACCAGAUACGUGGCCCUCCGUUCUUCCAUAGGACAAAGAACGGCCCGGUGUACAUAAACGGAGGCUCGCACGGGCAGUUUGUGUUGGAAAGCUACAUAGUUGCUAUAUUGAAUGGCGCUGUGGUGAUCGGCAUGAUAAUGAUGAUCGAAGCGGCCGGCGGAGUGAAAGGGACGGAAGCACAACGCUCGCAAGACGGAAAGAGACGCCGGCUCCAGACCGUGGUCGGCCUUGUACUUGUGUGCGUUUUCUUCUCGCUGCUUCUGUCCGUGUUCAGAGCCAAAACGCAAGGGUAUCCUUACAGUUUCCUGUUCAAAUAAGGAUAAGGAAGAAAUACGCAUUAUUUAAGAACUAAGAUAGUUGUCAUGUGUGCAAUUAUAAGUGUGUGAUGUGAUGUGAUGUAUUUUGUUAAUAAAAAGUCCAUUAUUUAAUUUAA